AUGGUCAGACCAAUUAUAUCUCCUUCAAUCUUAGCUGCUGAUUUUGCCAAUUUAGGUUGCAAUUGUAAAAAAGUUGUCAACACUGGAGGUGUUGAAUGGUUGCAUAUUGAUGUUAUGGAUGGACAUUUUGUUCCAAACAUUUCAUUUGGAUCUCCAGUCAUUAGUAGUUUAAGAAAAGUUUUCCCACGUGACGAUGCAAAACCAAUUGUAUUCGAUUGUCAUAUGAUGGUCUCUGAACCAGAACAAUGGAUUGCUGAUAUUGCAAAAGCUGGUGGUGAUCUGUAUACUUUCCAUUUUGAAGCUACUAAAGAUCCAGCUAAAGUCAUUAAUUUGAUUAAACAACAUGGAUUGAAAGCUGCAAUGGCGGUUAAACCAGGAACUCCAAUUGAAGAAGUUUAUCCAUAUGCAGAUGAUUUGGAUAUGGUAUUAGUUAUGACUGUUGAACCAGGAUUUGGUGGUCAAAAAUUCAUGCCUGAUAUGAUGGAAAAGGUUGAAAAAUUGAGAGUAAAGUAUCCAAACUUGGAUGUUCAAGUAGAUGGCGGUUUAGGUAAAGAUACCAUCGAACCUGCAGCAAAAGCCGGUGCUAAUGUUAUUGUUGCUGGUACUUCUGUCUUUGCUGCUCAAGAUCCAAAGGAAGUUGUCGAAAUUUUAAAAGAAACCGUCUCCAGGGAAAUUGAAGCUAGAGCAUCCGCUUGA